CAAAAAAACUUCAGUAUACACUUUUUGCUUUUUUUAGCUUGAUUGAAACAAUAGCCUCUAGUAGUGGAAAAUGACAGUUGGAGAAAUUGAUUCGAAAAAGUUCUGGCAAGUUGCAAACAAUAAGCUUGCAUAUUUUGGUGCACAGUUUGUUCAGGAGAUAAUUGUACGAUCCGAAGGAGUCUACGUGUACACCAAUGAAGGAAAAAAAAUUCUUGACUUUACCUCUGGACAGAUGUCCUGCCUAGUUGGUCAUUGCCAUCCUGAAAUCAACAAGACGAUUGCCGAAAGUGCAGCCACUCUUGACCACACUCUCUCUGGUAUGAUUAGUCCUCCAGUUGUCGACCUAGCAGAGAAGUUGACAAACCUAUUACCUGAUGGACUCGACAGAGUUGCUUUCUUGAGUACUGGAGGUGAGUCAAACGAGUAUGCUAUCAAAUUGGCUAAAUGCGUAACGGGGAAAUUUGAAGUAGUCGGUUUAUCACUUUCAUGGCACGGUAUGACGGCUGCCGCAAAUGCCUGUACUUACCAGGCGGGAAGAACUGGGCAUGGUCCUAUGACCCCUGGAGCUUUGGUUUUGCCAAGUCCUAAUAGUUACCGGUCGAUCUUCAGAAAUCCUGACGGAACAUAUGAUUGGAAAACUGAACUAGAUUACGGCUGGUCUUUAGUGGAUGCUCAAAGUACAGGUUCGUUGGCAUGUGUCAUAAUCGAGCCUGUUAUGUCUUCUGGAGGAAUGCUUAUACUGCCAAAUGGCUAUUUGCAGGAGAUGAAGAAACAUUGUGAAAAGAGAGGAAUGCUGUUAAUUGUGGAUGAGGCCCAAACAGGGGUUGGCAGAUGUGGUAGUAUGUUUGCAAUAGAGGAAAUGGGCGUCAUACCAGACAUCUUAUGUUUAAGUAAGACUUUGGGAAAUGGUUUGCCACUUUCUGCAAUAAUUACGAGUAAAGAGAUCGAUGACAGAAGCAGAGAAAGAGACUUUUUGUUUUAUACUACACAUAUCAAUGACCCAAUUCCAGCUGCAGUCGGUUCAAAAGUCUUGGAUAUUGUUAUCCGGGACAGCUUGGUUGCCAACUCAAAAGCAAGAGGUAAGCAGCUUGGCGAUGGCUUACUUAAGAUGAUGGACUCUUUCAAGGCUAUUGGUGAUGUCAGACAAAUGGGCUUGAUGAUUGGCUUGGAAAUUGUCAAAGAUCGGGCCACUAAAGAGAGCGAUCCAGAAAUGGCAGCUGCAUUGGCAAAAGUUAUGAUGAAACAUGGGCUGAAUGCAAACCUUAUUGCAGUCAAAGCCUUCGGUGGAGUCUUCAGAAUGGCGCCACCGAUUUCCAUCACUGAGAACGAGGUUGACGAAGCUCUAGCAAUUAUUAAAAUUUCUUUCGAAGAAGUUUACAAUUAAUCUAAUGUUUACAUUUUUUCUGUUGAGUAAAGUAGAUAAUUGAGAAAAUAGCAAUAAUUAUACUCAGCCUUUAUGUAUUGAAUGUUUUGUAUAAUUUCUAGCACAAUUUCCACCUAUUAAAUGCAAAUUUGCAAAA